CAAAGUCCGACUUGAACCACCAAUUCCAUUUGGUUUCUCAACUGUUUUUUUCAAUCAGCCAAGAAAUAAAUAAAAAAAUCCGGCAACGCCAUGACCGUGACAGUCGCAGCUCUCACCAUAUCAUCUCCUCCGAGUGUCUCCAGCAAACUAAAACGACGAUCCCGUUAUGAUCCAAACUCCUUUUAUGCCAAACCACAUCAUUUUCGCCUUCCUAUAAUCACAUGCUCCUCCCUCACCGCCCAAUCGCAAUCCGCCAGACGACACCUCCUCAAUCUCAUCUCCGAUCAAGACCGGGGCCUCAAAACCCAAAACGACACCACAAAACGCGAUUCAAUCAUCAAAGCCAUCGAUGACAUGGCUGUCCUGGGCCGCGACACGGUCACCACUGGCGUCUCCCUCUCAGCCACGUGGCGGCUCCUUUGGACCACCGAGAAAGAGCAGCUCUUCAUAAUAGAGAAGGCUUACCUGUUCGGUACUCAAGCCGGCGACGUUUUGCAGGUCAUUGACGUCCAGAACAAGACUCUCAACAACGUGAUUACCUUCCCCCCUGACGGAGUUUUCUUUGUUCGCUCUAGCAUUGAGGUUGCGUCGUCUCAGAGAGUGAAUUUCAAGUUUACGAGCGCUGUUCUCAGGGGGAAAAACUGGGAGAUCCCAUUGCCUCCAUUUGGGCAGGGUUGGUUUGAGACUGUCUACCUUGAUGACGAGAUUCGAGUUGUGAAGGAUAUCAGGGAUGAUUAUUUAGUUGUCGAGCGUGCUCCAUAUAACUGGAAAGAAUAAAGUUGAAGGACUUUGUCUCUCAUUAUAAUCAAAUGUGAACGUUGCAUGGAUUGGCUUCUGCUUCCGAAUAUUUAUCUGCAGAAUUCAUGUCCUCUUCACUGUUGUGCCGGUGACAAACAAUGACACGCAGUGUGUAUUUAACAAAACAUAUAUGGUUUAUGUGAAUAUUUUCCAGAGUUGAAGCACAAAAUCGGAGCACAGCCUUAUACGAGCUGAUUACUACUUGCUUCCAAGUUAAUGCUUGAGAGUCCAUUUUGUAUUAUUUUUGCUUCAUGCACAUAGGAUUAAAUUGAAUUGAUUGACUAGGUUCAAGAAUUUUCAUUUCCACUCA